UUGAUCGGGAACUAACGUCUCAAACCAUCAUGACUUUCUACGAUCUCUGUCGAAAUUAUCGACUUUAUUCAACGAAUAAGAGAGAUGCCUGGUGUGCAUUGUUCACUGACGAUGAACUACAGAUUUUGGAGUAUAUUGAAGAUCUCAAAAUUUAUUUCAAAAACGGUCACGGACAUCCCAUCAACGGGUUGCUCGGCGCGUCAGCUCUCAAAGAUCUUUAUGUAAAUUUUCAAGCAGCGACAUCUAGUGACCACAAAUCAUUCGUCGGCUACUUCUCUCAUGGCACCAUGAUAGAUAUGAUUUACACGGCCAUGGGGCUUUACUAUGAUUACCCAGGAAUCUCUGGUAUGGAAAGGAUCAAAAAUAGGAAGUGGCGAACUAGUUUCUUGACACCGUUUGCAGCUAAUUUUGUCGCGGUGCUACACAGAUGUAGAAAGGUGUCAAGGUAUUCGUACAGGAUACAGUUCUUCUUAAAUGAAAAAGAGCUUCAUCUUUGCGACGGCCGUGUCUGCAGUUGGAACAGCUUUAAAGAAAAAUUCGAACAAUUUGCUAACGCCAGUAUCGAAUUCUGUGAUGAAUUGACAGAUUUUUAUUAUGUUUAAUUAAUAUUUUUUGAUAUUAUUUAUCAUUCAAGGGUGUCAAUCACGUCAGGGAAGUCGCGCGUACAAGUUUUCAUGGAU